AUGAUUGUCGUGGUCCUUGUGGGCCUACUAGCCCUUGUUUACAAUUAUGUGAUAUACCCACUAUGUUUGAAUGAGCUCAUCAAACAGAAAAUCCCAGGCCCGUUGCUCUACAAACUCUCGAGUAUAUUCAUUCUGAAUGAAACUCGCAGAGGCAAGCGAAACUCACUUCUCCAACAGCUACACCAGACAUACGGCCCGGUCGUUAUGAUAGGACCGGGAGAAGUGUCGCUAAACUCGCUGAAACUAAAGAAAGAUAUCUAUCUCCGAAAUUUUCCUAAAGAGUACUUUAAAGAUGGUGUAAAAGUUACUGGAUUCUAUUCUCAAUUUUCAAACUUUGGCCAGCAUAACAUGUUUAGUACCGGUGACAAUGCUACUCAUCUGGCAAAGAAGCGACCUCUACAACAAAUGUUUUCUAAGAGCUCGAUUCUAGCAUCUGAAGGAUUUGUAAGAAGCCAAGUAGAAGCUGUUAAAGAUAAAAUUAUAAAUUACGGCAAUAACGCAAAUGUGAAUGUUUACUCCCUUUUUUCAGCGUUGGCCAUGGACGUUGUAUCGGGAACGGAAUAUGGAACUAAGUUCAGCACCAAUUUUGUUGACGAACUAUCACAUAGUUCAAAAACUUUGAAGCUUGAACGAAGUAUUUUUGAUGACUUUAGAGACAAUACAUCCCUCUGGUUCUAUGUGACGCUUUGUCCAGCUUUAUUGCCAAUGGCGUCAAAAUGGAAGAAAAUCGAUGGCGCUUCAGCCAGAUCCGCAAGUUGGAUGUAUAAAAACUUUGAAAAAGCUUUGAAUGCAGUGAUUCAAAAUGAGGACGUUAACUCUAAGGACUUCCCAAUUCCUACCGUGAUAGAGACAAUGUUCGCGCAUCGGAUGCGGACUUCAGGGGGGAAGUUUCUCCCCGACGAUCAACUUAAUGCAAUAGCAAGUGAAAUAGCUGAUCAGGUUGUUGCAGGACAUGAAACCACAGGUAUUACCCUAUCCUACUUGUUCUGGGAACUGUCGCGUCCUGCUAACGCACAUUGGCAAGAAAAAUUGAGGAAAGACGUUAAAGGGUUCCGAGACUCCAGAGAGCUGGAUGACAAACCAGUUUUGAAUGCGAUAUUGCAAGAGACCUUGCGACUACAUGCUGCAAUUCCAGGUUUGGAGCCACGCUUUGUGCCCGCAGGCAAAACGCUGAAUUGCAGCAUAGGACAGAGAAACUUCGCUAUACCCGAAGGCACAGUCGUCGCUAUGCAGCCUUGGACUUUGCAUCGUCUUCCUGUAUUUGGGCCGGAUCCAGAUAUUUUCAAACCCGAAAGAUGGCUCAGGAAUCGCGGCGAGAACGAAGAGGCCUUCUCUGCAAGGAUGCGGGAAAUGAGCUCCGCAAUCUUCACUUUUGGACAGGGAAAUCGCAUGUGCAUCGGCAUGCACCUGGCUCUUUGCCAAAUAAAGUUAUGCAUGGCAUCGCUAUUUUCGCAGUUUCAGACGCGCAUAAGCUCGGAUUGGUGCCCUAUUAUUGAUCCCGGACACUCUGCUGUGAAGGUCGGCAUGCAAUAUGGAUCUACAGACCUUGAUAAAAUGUCCAUGGCCGACGCCUACACGACGCACCCUAUACACCACGAGUGCUGGCUCCAGUUCGAAAAUAUCCAGGAUGGUGCCUCGAAAUAG